GCAGCAAGGCAGCUGAAAGCUUCAGGCAGGCAGUGAGCUUCGCCCACCAGCCUGACGGCGCUCCGGACCUUUGCCAGAAUGGCCAGACCAGUGAGGAGGAUCCGGCCAGGAAGCUUGAGCCAGACAAGCAGGUAGUGAAGAGCCUCGAGAGAAUGGUCUCUGCGGUUGCAAAUUAUGCUUCGGUGGCUAGAGACACUGAAAAGCUUUUGAGACAGAGCAGCAGCCAGCUCCUUGAGAUCAGGGAACAGCUCGGAGGUGAAGCAGAUGCAGGACUACUCGAUUCAAACAGCCAGAAGAAGACCCCACCGACCCCUCCCGUCAGGUCCCACAGCAAAGAGAGCCUGGCUUUGAGCAUGAACAAGACUGUGGCAAUGACGGAGGCGCUGCUGGAGCCCCGCAACGAUGCAGCGAAGCCUGCCAAGGAGCAGUGGGCAGCUGCAGGCGCGGAGCAGCUAACUGGAGGCAGGACUGCAGGAGGAGGGGGCUCGGAGGAGCUGGAGCGGAAGGGGAGGAAGAGUCAGGAGGAUGAGAAAGUCCUUAAAGUUGCCGACGCAAAGAAAACCUUUGAAAAGUCCAAGCCGGCAGAGGGGAAGGCAGCAACGCCACCGCCCAGCGCUGCCAGAAAAGACACAAUGAGGCGAGUGGUACGACAGAGCAAAUUUCGGCACGUGUUUGGCCAAGCGGUGAAAAACGAUCAGUGUUACGACGACAUCCGCGUUUCCCGUGUUACUUGGGAUAGCUCCUUUUGUGCAGUAAACCCCCGAUUUGUUGCAAUAAUUGUAGAUGCUAGCGGUGGCGGAGCGUUCCUGGUGCUGCCUUUGCACAAGACAGGCAGAAUUGACAAGUCCUACCCAACAGUGUGUGGCCACACAGGACCGGUGCUGGACAUAGACUGGUGUCCUCAUAAUGACCAGGUCAUCGCCAGUGGCUCUGAGGACUGCACCGUCAUGGUGUGGCAGAUUCCCGAGAACGGACUCACCCUGUCCCUGACAGAGCCGGUGGUAGUGUUAGAAGGCCAUUCCAAGAGAGUCGGCAUCGUGGCUUGGCAUCCGACGGCACGCAACGUGCUGCUCAGCGCAGGUUGUGAUAAUGCAAUCAUCAUCUGGAAUGUGGGAACAGGUGAAGCCCUCAUAAACUUGGAUGACAUGCAUGUGGAUAUGAUUUACAAUGUGAGCUGGAAUCGCAAUGGCAGCCUAAUCUGUACAGCUUCCAAAGACAAAAAAGUUCGAGUUAUUGACCCCAGGAAACAAGAAAUCGUUGCUGAGAAAGAGAAAACCCACGAGGGAGCCCGGCCCAUGCGAGCCAUUUUCCUCGCUGAUGGAAACAUCUUCACAACUGGCUUCAGCCGCAUGAGCGAACGGCAGCUUGCCCUUUGGAAUCCAAAAAACAUGGAGGAGCCCAUAGCCCUUCAUGAGAUGGACACCAGCAAUGGGGUCCUGCUGCCGUUCUACGAUCCAGAUACCAACAUUAUUUACUUGUGUGGCAAGGGUGACAGCAGCAUUCGCUACUUUGAGAUCACGGACGAAUCCCCCUACGUUCACUACCUCAACACCUUCAGCAGCAAAGAGCCGCAGAGGGGCAUGGGGUUCAUGCCAAAGAGGGGCCUUGAUGUGAACAAGUGUGAGAUUGCCAGGUUCUUCAAGCUUCACGAGAGGAAAUGUGAGCCCAUCAUCAUGACAGUUCCUCGAAAGUCGGACCUCUUCCAGGACGACCUGUACCCUGAUACAGCUGGCCCAGAAGCAGCUCUGGAAGCCGAGGAGUGGUUUGAGGGGAAGAAUGCCGAUCCCCUCCUCAUCUCCUUGAAGCAUGGGUACAUUCCAGGCAAGAACAGGGAUCUCAAGGUGGUCAAGAAGAACAUACUGGACAACAAACCUGCCGCAAACAAGAAAAGUGAUCUCAUAAAUGCUCCAAAGAAAGCAGCUGACGCCUCAAACACUCAAAACGACGCCAAAUUGGAUGAGAUUUUGAAAGAGCUGAAAUCUAUAAAAGACACAAUCACCAACCAAGACGAGCGCAUUUCCAAGCUGGAGCAGCAGAUGGCAAAGAUCGCGGACUGAGCGGAGCGAGCGGUGCUGGCCCCGCCGCCAGCCCAGGCACAUUCCAGUUCCCCAGUUCGGCAAGCAGCAGCGUGCAGCAUUCCAGUACGAGCUUUCCUGUUCUCCUAAAUUCACGUCAACAAGAGCCGAUGAUUUAAAAGCCAAGCUUUUUAGUGAAAGAAAUUUUUUUUUUCCUGAUGUUUUAAUGAAUUUAUGUGACUGUGUCAAGUCAAAAAGAAUAAGUGCUACUUUUACAGUCUUCUUUUUUUUUUUCCUUCCAGAUGUUAUGAAUUCUUGAAAACAAAUCCAUUCUGACUUUCAAUGUUGUGCCCAAAUAUCUUUUUCUAGAUUUAGGGACCAAUGCCACAUUGUUCUUAACCAUUUUUUAAAGUUGCCAAAAAAAAAAAAAAAAGUUGCUUUUUAUUUUUCUUAUUUGCCACUUUGCAGUAUUUGUGUUUUAAAGGGACAGCACCGCGUGUGUGUGCGUGUGUGUGUGCGCGUGGUGGGUGUUUAUACUGUUCAGAGAACAAAACUGAAGCUAUUUUGUAUAAAUCUUUGAUUUCGAACAAUCGGAUCGGUUUCCUUUGCAGCGUGGCCGAGUCUGCUGCCGAGACCCCUCAGAGCGCGUCCAAGCUGCCUUUCCUGCCUCCCUAACCUGUCCCCACCACCGUUGUCCGACAGUUUAAAGAAAAAAAACGUAGUUCUGAAUGAGGUGAUUCGUGCCACAAAAUGCCUCUUCCCCUUUUUACGCCCCGAAGAACUUCUAAACUACCACCACGUUGCCCUUUCAGAACAGCCCCAUGGUUCGGGUUCCUCUAGCCGUGUCCAAACGGACGUUGUUUUACUUGGCGCUUGGGUUUGGUUUUUGUCGUUUUUUUUAAUUUGAGGCAGAAGUUACUUUCGUGCAGGAAAUAAUGUUUUUACGUUUACCCAUGGAGUGCAGAGUUUAAGGUGUGCCGUGGAGACGCGAGCCGUGGGACGGCCGCACCCCGUUCCAGCUGCACGCGGUGCUGCACAUCCUUGGUUCUGCACCACCGUGCUCUUCGGCUCAGUGACUUUUAAGAACCUUUAGAAAUCUGCGAGCUUGCGAUUCUCUGGCCCCUCACGUUAGUGCUGAUGUUAGAAAGUUAGACUCUGCUUCCGAAGCAGCUUUAGCAGUAGGUAGGUGACUUUAUCAUGCCGGUUCUCCGGAAACAAAAUGCCUCUGUUUAUUUUUAUUUUUUUUUAAUAUAAUUUUUGUUUUCCUCUCUCCAUCCUUCCUGCCUCACCCCCCACCACGCUGCAAACCUCUGCAGGAAAUUACUUGUUCCUGGCUCAAAGAUGAGCGACCUCCGUCCCCAGACCCCCUGCACUCCCAGCCUUCGGACUGGAGGGGACUGGGGAGGGGGGGUUCGGUCCCAGUUUGGAGAACUGGUUUCUCACGUGCUCCUUUGAGGCCCUGGGGGAGGAGACCCCGUAAGCGGGCCAGGCUCACGAGCUCCUCCCGGGAUUUCUUCUUGGGUGCCUCAGCUCAGCAACCCUCUGUUCAGGUGGGGUGUCCCCUGCGAGGGGGGGCUGCCUGCGCAGGACCCGUGUCACCCCGGCAAGCAGCGCCGGGCUGGAUUGGUGCUGCCCGUCCCUGCAGUGCCAGGGAGAUGUCAGCAACCCAAAGGCGGGCAAAGACCACGAGCUGUCGGCCGACGAGCUGCAAUCCCCGUCCCAGCCGGGGUCGAUCCCUGCAGCAGCUCACCGCACCCCCGUGUGCGUGCACGUUUGUGCGCUCGGGACCCGCCGCACCAGAGCAGCCUCCCCCCGCCUGGGGCAUCCCCGGCGGCUGCCGCUCAGCCAGGGGGCAUGUCCCUUCCUCCAGGCUGAAGCAAUGAUUUUUUUUUUUUUUUUUGUUAGGUUAGCUAGAAACCCUCAAAGUCUCCAUUUUUUUCCAGUGUUUGCAUGUUCAGAACUUACAGAUCAAGGAUUCUCUGUUCUGGAGGGAUGUCUGCGUGUGUGAAGGUGACACCACGCUGUCGGGACAGCCAGGCGACGUAGCUGGAGAGGCACGAGAACGGGACGCGAAGGGACAGAGGAUGUGUUAUAAUUGCAUAGCAUGAAAGCUUCAUAAAAGUGGGUUUUUUCUUUGUUUUCAGUGGCGAGCACCGCGGGAGGGACGCGCGUCCCCUGUCCUGCAUCUGUGCCCACUGAUGCUGGAUUCACGGUCCAGACGCUCCGGGUUAUUUGAAUGUUUGGUGACGUUUUUGUAUCGCAGUAAAUGGCUGAGAUGAUGUGUAUUAUUUUUUUUUUCAUGGGGUUUGGUUGGGGUUGUUUUUUGGUUUUUUUUUUGGGAAAACAAAACCAAACGUAAUGCUCCCCCAAACGGUGAUGUCUGUGUUGAUUUGUACGUGUGACUUCAGGGCUGUGUGCUUGGGGACCUUUGGUUUUUUUCUAAUUGGAGGGAAGUAAGUUUUCUGAGACGCUGGAUUGAAAUGCCCAGAGAUCGGUGUGUGGUAGACGGUCCGAGGAGGGCGGAGGAAAGGUUUUUAGUUUAUAGCCUGUAUUUUAUUUAAAUGAACUGAUGCCUAGCCAGGCUCAACCGGAGUCAGUGCCUGAAGCUUUUUGUAGCGGUGAUAUCCCAGAAGAGAACCAGCGAAGUCCUGAAAGAUGCGCUCUUAUAGAGCGGCCAUAGUAUCUGUCCAAAUAUUUGCUUCCAUUUUCAAAAGAUAAAAAGUCAUUGAUUAUAAA